UCCAAUUUCUUAAUUUAUAUAAUAUAUGAGCAAUCUACUCCUAUAAAUUUCAUUGAUAGUUGAUAGAAAAUUCUAAAAAUUACUGGAGUACUUUCAAUUCUAAGGAUUACAAUCAACCAUAAUGGGAAUGGCCGGUUACACAGUAGCACUGAUGAUGAUAGGAGUGAUUAUCUCUCCUUGUCUCUAUGGAAAAGAGUUCUCCGAUCACCAGGAAAUCAAAGUACAAAGACUUUUGAAGCGGCUCAACAAGCAUGCUCUUAUAUCCAUUAAGAGCGAAGAUGGUGAUAUAAUAGAUUGUGUUCCUAUACAUAGUCAACCAGCUUUUGAUCAUCCUCUACUUAAAAAUCACACCAUCCAGAUGAGACCGAGCUUUAUACCGGAAAGUACAUCUACGUACACCAAGAAAAAGAUAAACGCUACUCAGGUAUGGAACAAAAAUGGAAGAUGCCCUAUAAAUACAGUUCCGAUAAGAAGAAUAAAGAAAGAAGAUAUCUUACGAUCAAAAUCCAUUGAGAAUUUUGGGAAAAAGACGAUGACUCCAGGCAUCCUUUUAUAUGGUUCAAGUAGUGUUCUUGAAGAUGAUCCAAGUAUAGGCCAUGAGUACGCGGUCAUGAAUGCCAUGAACGGAUUGUAUUUCGGGACACAAUUUUCAGUGAAUAUCUGGAAACCACAAGUUCAAGUUCGCAACGAGUUCAGCUUGGCUCAGACUUGGCUCUCGUCUGGAGCUGGCACUGCUCUUAACACAAUUGAAGCUGGUUUGCAGGUUUAUCCAGGAAAAUAUGGUGAUAAUAAUGUAAGAUUAUUUGUUUACUGGACGGCCGAUGGAUACCAAAGGACAGGGUGCUACAACACCGACUGCCCAGGUUUCGUUCAAAGGAGCAGUCUUGUCACAGUAGGUGGAGCCUACACCACCGUCUCAGAAUACAACGGAAAUCAAUACGAGCUCUCCAUGCUUAUAUGGAAGGACAGCGGAAACUGGUGGCUACGGAUAGGUGAAGAGCUCGUCGGGUACUGGCCUGGCGAGUUAUUCAAUUCUAUAGGAAGUGGAGCUACGAGAGCUCUAUGGGGAGGUGAAAUCAUUAACGCGAAGACUGGUGGGCAACACACUGCCACGGACAUGGGAAGUGGACAUUUUGCAGAUGAAGGUUUUGGGAAAGCGAGCUUUUUCAGGAGUCUUAUGACGGUCGAUGGAUCCAAUACUCUGAGAGAAGCACAAGGACUUUACCCCCAGAUUACCAAUUCUAACUGUUACAACGUUAAGGCAGGAGAUGCUGGAACUAAGUGGGGGGUUUAUUUCUUUUACGGUGGCCCUGGCCUGAACGCGAGAUGCCCUUGAUUUGGAUCUGUGUGCUCAAAUAUUUUUAGUAUUUUACGUACAUGGCUGCAUGUAUCUGACUAUGAACGUAUGAGUAAGAAAAAUAAUUCACGUCAUAGAAGUUAAUAAUAUGUGUGUAAAAAGCUUUUCGAAUUUCGCGUGUCUGUACUUUAAAUAAUAAUAAUAUAUAUG